AACGUAGAGCCAGUGGAGCUAAAUGGACGUCUAACUUAGAACUAUGAAGCUCACACCGAAAGAUAGCGUGACUGUUACUAGAUAGCGUGACAGACGUUGUAACUGUUACUUUGUAUCAUGCUAUAACUGGGUAGCAUGUCGAUCUGUCUCGCUUUCAGACGGGUCUCAGUUUCUUCAUUAAGACAAGUCCUAGUUAAGAAUCAUUUUGCUGGUUUAAACUUCAUUGAUACUUAUGUCAGACAAGGAAUCAUGAAACUAGUACAACCUGGAGGAAUCUUGGGAUUUGAAGGAGCAGGGACAGUAGAGAAACUGGGUUCUGGUGUUCAGGGCCUCUCUGUAGGAGACAGGGUUGCAUUUGGAUUUAUUGGCUCAAAUGCCUAUUCACAGUACAGCAAAGUUGGAGCCAAAUAUGCUGUUAAAGUGCCUGAUCAGCUUACCAUGGAGCAAGCUGCCAGCACCUUAUGGCAGGGGUUCACUGCACAUGCGUUUGCAUGUUCUUCUUAUCCAAUCAAAGCUGGAGACAAAGUUUUGGUUCAUGCAGCUGCUGGUGGAGUUGGAAGCUUGAUUACUCAGAUCGCAAAGAAUACAGGAGCUUUUGUGAUUGGAACAACCAGCACUGAGGCCAAAGCAUCAAAAGCGAGGGAGGCUGGUGCUGAUGAGGUCAUUCUUUACUCACAGAAAGAUUUUGUUGAAGAAGUCAACAGGAUCACUGAUGGAAAAGGGGUGACUGUUAUUUAUGAUGGUGUUGGAAAAACAACAUUCCUCAAGAAUUUCGGUUGUCUGGCACGUCGAGGAACCGUUGUUUUAUUCGGUGGAGCGUCAGGUCGCCCUGAGCCUCUCGAUACCGGCGUGCUUGCCAAAGGUUCCUUUUACGUCACAUAUGGUGUCAAUUUCCACUUUGUGGAGGAUCCAGCUGAAUACAGCCAAAGAGCCACAGAGCUUUUCACUUGGUUGACUGAAGGAAAACUCAAAUUUAGCGGCGGAAUCACAGUGGUUCCCUUGUCUGAUGUGAAAAAGGCCCACGACAUGUUAGAAGGAAGGCAGACAACAGGGAAAGUUCUCCUGCAGCCGUGAUAGAUUGUGAAAAGUUGGAGACUGUAAAUUACUCGUAGAUUAUUUUCCUAUGUGAAAUACGUAGUUGUACGUAGUUUAAACUGACUGCAAAACGCAGUCAGCUGUUAUUUUCAGAAUCUGAUAUCUUCUUUUGCAUUCAGGCUCGUUACUGAGCCAUACCGAUCAAGUACGAAUGCUCAUGCGUGCUUUCAGAAAUCCAAAAAUGUUGCAUACUGUUGAGCGGCGAAAAGCUAAGCAUCUUAAAAAAGAUUACACAGGUCGAGAAACCUUGAAGACUUCGGAAGUUGUAAGAUACCACAAAGAAAAAAUAUUAAAUAGAUAAACCGUAUCAGCCACUUUUCAUCCCUACCUGAGUGAUAUUUAACGCAGCAGGAGUACAAGAGUCUGGAUGAGGGGGUACAAAUGUCAUUUGUCAAUUAAAAUUUCCGCCGUUUAUCAGCUGUCAGUUAGAUUUUCAGCGAUUUUUCAGUUAAAAUUUUGGCCAUUUGUCAGUUGUCAAUUAACCAUAUUCAGACCCUCGUACAACUGGGGGGGGGAAUGGAAAAGUCGACAGCAAUUGGGGAGGGAGCUAGGGGAACCCUAAGUUGUCAUCAUCGUCAUAUAUUCAUCGUGUUUCUCGCUUUUUUUUUAAGGCAUGCUAUGACUCAAAACUUUUCCCAGGGCCUUUUCAACAAACAGGGCUCUUGGGAACAGGGUUGGCUCUCUCACCUUUUUUCGAAAGUUACCAUGGAGUGAUUUAAAGACAAUUUGUUUAAACAUGUUUAAAUAAACAUUAAGAUCGUAUCAAGAUCGCGGUUGAGAGUUGUGUACGACAUCCCUAUCAGUAUCUAAUAUGAAAGUGUUUUAAUUAAAUACACACUGCCUCGAACGGACAUUUAGUCUGCGUUGUGACGGCAGUUUUUCCUACCAGCGGGGAUUUUUUCAAAGAGCCUGACUCUUAAGUGAGGAUCGAAAAAAAGAAAAAAAGAGCAAUGCAGAGACGAUGAACGUUUUAUUUUAUUGCUUUCAGCGGGUAUUUUGAGGUGAAGUAUCCCUUGCAAAGAUUGAACCAUAGAUAUUUAUUGUUUAAUUUUUUACGGAAUUUUUUAGCCUUCUUCAUCGAAAGGGUGACUAACCUAAACUGUUAACAUCGUAAGCUAGUUGCAGCAAUUUUGUUUUUCAAUCCCUUAUUAGCUGAUUUAAUCAAGAGUGUUUCAAAUAUGUUUCCUUUCUCAAAAAACUCUUUAAAUCACGCAUACCUCAAGUGUUUCUCCCGUGGUGAAAUUGUGUUCUAAUCUUAUGUAUCAAAAAAAUUGAAGAACUAGUGUAUAGAUUUAUUGAAUUACGUGAAAAAAAAACUGAAACAGCUAUUCGUAAUUAUUAAAUAGUGAAAGGUUUGUGAGGUCUUGAGAUGAAUACGUUUCAAAUUAUUUUCUUUCUUUAAAUUUGUUUGUAAUUGAAUUUGCACCGAAACUGAAUCCUUGCCGUUCGUGAUGCUGAAAGUGUACCUAUGGUAUUAUGAUAACUCUGGUGAUUAAAGAUAAUGCUUAUAUAUAGAUGAGAAGCACAAUCACAAUACCCGUUCCUGCAACAUGCUUAAAAACGAUUUUUUUUAUUUUAGGACAAAAUUAACCAUAUAGGUUUAUUCUACACUUAUAGUCACUAAACUUAUUGGUUUUUAGCAAAAUAUAACAUUCUUGUCAUGUUUAA